AUGCAGUUAAUAGUAGUAUUCAUUCUCAAAUUGCUGCUGGUGAUAUUCAUUCCCUAUUACUUCAUCUCGGCCAUUUACAAUGCAUUCUUUCACCCGCUCAAGCUUUAUCCAGGUCCUCGUCUAAUGGCUGCCAGUAGAAUUCCCAUUGUCUAUGGAGUCCUCACUGGCAAAUCGACGGGGUGGUUGGUGAAGCUGCAUGCAAAGUAUGGCCCGGUAGUGCGCGUGGCUCCUAAUGAACUGAGCUACUCUGAUGCAAGUGCCUGGAAGGACAUAUACGGGAGCCACCCAUCGCGCCCAGGAGGCAUGCCGCGCGAUCUUACCUUUUUCCGGGCAGUCGAGGACGAGAAGGGGAUUCACUCGAUCCUAACCGCCAACAACGAAGACCAUGCGCGAAUGCGCCGCCUAUUUGCGCAAGCUCUAUCCAAACGAGCUCUUGCGGAACAGGAGCCUCUGAUCCUGGGCCAUGUCCAUCACAUGAUAGAUAAACUCAAAAUCCAGGCAAAGCAGAGCAAACCCGUUGAUAUCAUUGAUAUAUUCAACUUCACGCUGUUUGACGUCGUCUGUGACCUCCAGUAUGGAGAAUCUUUGCACUUGCUGGAUGAUUCAACUUACCACCCGUGGGUGCAUAGCCAUCUGGGAAUCAUUCGUAGUGCCUCCCUCAUUGCAUCGUUGGCGGAUUUCCCUGCCCUCCGGUUCCUUUUUCGACUGAUCCUUCCAGGGCUGGUUAAGGCAGGGCGUGAGAGUUACUUCCAUAUGCUAAAUGAGCGACUGGAUAAGCGCCUGGCUGCUGGUGUUAAGCGCCCGGAUAUCGUGCACUUCAUUAUGGAGGCCCGCACCGAGAACGAUGGAAUCUCUGAGGGAGAGCUGCGCGCAACUGCCCCAAUCAUCAUGCAAGCCGGCAGCGAGACUAGCUCCACUGCGCUUAGUGGCUUCAUGGCCCAUAUUUUGCAAGAGCCGAAGAUCUUGCGCCAGGUGCAAGAUGAAAUCCGCGCAAAGUUUCACUCUCAGGAGGAUAUCGUGAUGAAAACGCUAAAAGACCUCCCUAUUCUAGAUAAAUGCAUUAAGGAGACACUGCGCGUAUACGCCGCAGUGCCAGGUAUCCUCCCUCGGGUUGUACCUGCCCCCGGGGCCACGAUCGCGGGGCAAUGGGUGCCCUCGGGCAUCAGAGUCUACGUCACCUCUUUAGCUGCAUUUCGUUCGGCUGCCAACUUCCACGAGCCGGAAAUAUUUGCGCCGGAACGUUGGGACGCGAAUCCAGAUGCGAGAUUUGCUCAUGACAAGCGUGAUGCCUGCAAGCCGUUUUCGGUUGGAACUAGGGACUGUGUGGGUCGCGAAAUGGCGCAGUAUAUGAUGGCCCUGAUUCUUUGCAAUUUGAUAUUGAAUUUCGACUUUGAGGCCGUGCCCGAGAAAGAACCCUGGUUCGCCAAUCAGCGCAUCUGGACGAUUUGGGAUAAGCCACCUCUGAUGGUGAAAUUGAUUCCGGUCCAGAAAUCUAAUUGA